UAGCAAAGCGCUCAUACGUACGUACUUGACUCAGUCCAUCAUGCUGAGUUUCAGUGUGUCUCUCCUGCUAGCCUGUCUUCUGGCUGUUUGUCCAGUCCAGCGGUCCUGGGGAGCCAUUAUUGAAGUGCCGAAGUUUCACGACAAUCCCGUCAGCUUCGCCUUCGAUCAUCACCCCUCAUCUAGCGCUGGAGCCGAGCCUUCUCCCCGGGAGUGGAGAAGGCAGGCGGGUCAACAACCGCACAUAGACGGGACGCAUCAGUUCAACGACGGCUAUCAGUACGGCACAAUCUACUAUGCUGGAGGCAGCAGUCAAGUGAUUGUUGUGCUCAGUUAUGAUGAGGAUAAUGGAAUAUCAUAUCGCUCCAACCUGUACAGGUCAACUAACUAUGGCAGUACCUUCACUAACAUCAAUGGACAAGUGGGCAGUGCCACUCUCUUUCAGUACUUCUACUGGAGUGGAGAUACCUUGAUAUUUGUCCAUUCUACUGAGUCCAAACUAUCCUACUCCAACGACCAAGGAGCAACAUUUACUACAGUAGAUCUCGACCCUCCGACCCUCGUUACUACAACUGUUGUCUACCAUCCUACUAGAGAUGGCUGGAUGCUAAUGAGAGAUUCAACUAGAAACACACUGUACUUGAUAGAGGACUAUGGCAAGAUACUGAAAGAAGUCCAAGAAAACGUUCACUUCUACCAGUGGGGUGAUGCAGCCUGGGAUGAUGAUGAUAGGAGGGUCUAUUUCACAACCAUGGACCCUAAUCCAAAUUCUGACAUUGAGGAUGAAACAGUCAACCUCUUCGUAUCUGACUACCCGUACACCGGGGGAUCUAGCGAGUUUGAUAAAAACCUCGGAGACCACGAUGGGUUCUUGUUGGUCGGUCGCUACAUAUUUGCUCAGCGGACAGACGACGGGGUCAUUGGUCUGCAUGCGAGCGACAGACGCAAGCCGUUUAAGAGGGCCAUGAUACCAGUACCUGAUGAACAUCGCAACUACCUAGUGAUCCGUAUCAACGACGUGCAAGCUCUAGUGAUAGUGGAGCACGCGGGAGGUUUCUACAAUCUCUACCUGUCAGAUGAGUCCGGAGUCUACUACAGUCUCUCUCUACGAGACCUUGUCAUUGACAGCGACUACAACAUUGAUCUGGAGCUGAUUGAGGGUCUCAAUGGGACACUGGUAGCCAACCAGUACACGAGAGAAGACACGUCAGACCUGGCCUCUUCCAUUAGAACGGUCAUCUCACUGGACAAUGGCGGAUUCUGGGAGGGCUUACUGCCUCCUGACGAGGACGUAAAUGGCGACACAAUAAACUGUGAGCCUCCAAACUGCUCCCUCCACCUCCACAUGGACUCCACCAACUACGCCAGAUUGGGAGUCUACUCCACCGAGUCUGCCCCUGGGAUUAUCGUGGCUCAUGGUACCAUUGGUAUUGAACUGAGUAUCAACCCAGAUCUAUUCAUCUCUCGUGACGGCGGCGUUACGUGGGAGCAGACGCUCGCCAGGAGCUGGGGGGUUAACCUGGCAGAUCACGGAGGGUUAAUGGUGGCAGCCAAAGACUACCACCAGGAACCGUCCAUGGUCCUCAAGUACAGCUGCAACGAGGGCUACAGCUGGAGGGAUUUCACCUUCAGCUCUACUGAUAUCACGAUCUAUGGUGUGGUCACAGAGCCAGGCCAGCACACUACCAUCAUGAGUUUCUACGGAGGCUCGUUGGACAAUUUCAAAUGGACCAUCAUUACCGUGGAUUUUACUAACAUCUUCUCCCGCCAGUGUGACGACCAAGACUACUAUGACUGGAGACCUUGGGACGAGAGAACAGAGAGUCAGUGUCUUUUGGGGAGCUCCAUCACGAUCGAGAGACGAAAGCCUCAGAUCUGUUGUCUCAACGGACGAGACUACGACCGGGAGUUUGACUACCGCAUCUGUGACUGUGCCAGUGAGGACUACGAGUGGCCCCCUGCAGCGGUUGGCUCAUCUGCUACCCCCGGG